AUGUGCACUGACUUGGCUCCUCUAGCUUGGAUUGGUUGAAAAAACGGAAACCAUAGGCAACUAAAUCUAAUGCACCUUUUGGCAUCUUACUGGAUGAUGGGUUGAUGCGAGCUCCGUUCUGUGCCCAUCAUAAUGCAAGCCCUUGUCAAUAUUAAUUUAAUCAUUCUGAAUUGAUUAAUUGGACCUAAGAGGCGGACACACUAUUUUCCUUGGUACGUGGUUCCUUCCUUUUAGGCUCCGGAGCAAAGAUGUGCUACGUCAGUGGAGGAGAGAGAGUAGAGUGACACACAGUUUGAUUUCAUUUUAACUGCCGGCGACAGGCGCGACUCGCAGGAGCUCUAUCAGAUAAAAAGAGCCAGAGGACCAAAAGAAGAAACAUGGGAAAGAAGCCUGCAUCUUUGUUCUGAUGAACCCUCGUAAAACAUGAUGAAACCGCUCAGCAUCUUCAUCAUGUGUUUACCCUGCUUGAUUAACUGAUGAAUUAGCCUGUACAGUCAGAUCAUCUUUAAACAUGUCUGACAACAUAAGUCCACUAACUUUGUCAGAGGCCAUGGCAGAGACACAGUUGACAGUGGAGCAAGGUGACAAGCACAUUGGGCAGAGUAAUGUUCUUCAAUCACCUACGAAACAGACGUUCAAGUCACCUCCAAAUGACACUACUGCCGUUAUACCAGACUCGGGGGACAAGUUCGCCAGCUCCUCUCAUCAGUCCGUUUCAGAGGAAGGAACAAAGAUCGCUGGUCAAAAGGCUGAUGCUAAAAAAACUAAAAGCAAGAAAAAUAUGGCCACCUUGGACCAGAAUGCUGAAGACCAGAUUGUGAGCCGGAAUAGGAAACCCGACCUACAAGGCCAGGACUCUGCGCAAACUACUGCUGUUGUUAAGGAUAUCUGUUUUGGUUCUCAAAAGACCGAGACCAUAGGUUCGAGUGUUGACCCACCGGAAGUGGAGCCUAUGGAGGUGGAGCAGUCUGCCGAUGAGAAAGGAGAUGCCUCCUUUUCACCAACUAGUCCAGAUUUUAAGAUGGAACCAAAGGACAACACAAUAGUUGGAUCUGAGACAGAGAGCAAAGGUGCCAGUGUUGACCGACAUGUGGAGCCUAUGGAGGUUGAGCAGUCUGCCCAUUGGAAAGGAGAUUCCUCCCAUUCACCAACUAGUCCAGAUUUUAAGAGGGACAACACAAGUGAUGCCUCUGAAACUCUGGCUGGACCACCGCCAGAAAGCACAGCCAUGGUUGGAUCAGAGACAGGCAGCAUCCCCUCCAGUGUUGGCCUACAGGAGGAUGCCAUGGAGGUCGAGCAGUCUGACCAAAGGAAAGGAGACACGAAAAGUGAUGCCUCUGGAACUAUGGAUGAAAAGUAUCCUUGUCCACCUCCAAAAAGGACAGCCACAGGGAAAACACAGGUGUCGGCAAAAGAGAGACUUAAAAUCUAUUUCCACGCCAUUCUCUCAAAGGACUUCAAUCUUGACCCGAAUGAGGAUCGCCUUUUCGUAUGGGCAGGGGAGGAAACGGGGAGCUGGGAAUCCAAUGCGGUUGAGCUAACCGUGACAAAGGAACUGGGAGUGCAUGGAUUCUUAGUGGAAGGAAUCCUGGUCACUGACCAAGCUGUGUCCAUACCAUACCAGUAUCUUGUCUACAGUUCCAAAAAGGCAACGUAUGAGUAUGAGUACAUUGAUUUUACACAUCCCACCAGAAGAAGAAGUCUUUGUGUAAAGACCAAUCUACUCGAUGACGAAGGGGCUUGGCAUCAGUAUGAUGACAUUAUCUGUGCCUCGCCAUCCAAGGAUGUGUCCAAAAGAAUAAUCCAAGGCAGAGAAAUCGCAGGGAAGAUAAUGCUUCAGACUAUUUUUGAACUCCUUCACAGCUGGAAUGACAUUCAACUCAACUGUUUCAUGAAACGACUCACUCAAUUUGAACAGAUUUACAGGAAACCAUCAUUGUGUGCAGGCACCAACAAGAAUAUGAAAAAACAAGAAACAUAUAAAGAUGUUCAAAAGCUGCUGAAACAGUUCAUUCUGGAGAGUGUGCUUCCUCAGCUGAUGAAGAAGGGAGAGAGAAAGAGUCCCACUAUUCAGGACCAAAUGAAGGCUGCUGUGAUCGUACUGUAUAUGUGUAAACAUUAUGAGAUCCAACUAGAGAAAGCAGAAAUUGCUGGUCUAUGCUUUGCUCUCUGCCUUCCCAACCUGCCUAAAGACGAGUUCCUGCACUAUUGGACAGAUUUUACUCAACCCGUCGUACUUCUCAAAAAAUUGCCAGAGCUGUUGGAGAAACUGAUAGGCAUUGCGAAGGAGGAGGGGAUUCUAGUGAUUCCCAUACUCCAUCUCCUCAAAGGUUCCUCAAAACCCUUUGAACCAAUCCCUGUUACAAUCACACCAAGUUGCAAGACUUGGGCAGGUCUGCAAAAUACUUGGGCAGGUCUGCAAAAAGUGACCAACACUUCACUGAACAGCAAGGACAGCAGAACAAUGUUGAAUCUCAUUAAAGCCAAUGGACAUUUAGUGGAGAUUGACAGACUAGCGAGCCGUUCCUGGAUGUGUCUACUGACCGUAGACGAUCUGGUAGAAUACAGCUCCGUCAUUAAAGUUGAGCUCCUGGACAUGCUUGUUGUUUUUACUGUGAAGGCUCCUGUGAGUGUAUCAACCAGCAACAAUGGGAAUUUCACUGCCACUCUUUCACAUAUUCAAAACCAUCUUAAAGAGCAAAAAUACAGUUGUUUCAAUGAUGAUUAUGGGAGUGAGUGCUUGGCAACAACAGUGGAACUGCUUAAGAAGAUAUGCGAUGGAGGCCGAUCCUCAAAAUGCACAGCUAUCCCUGUAGACUGUGUGAGCUUGUUAGUCUCAGUAUCAAACUUUUCCCAGUCCAAGACAUGUGACCUGGGAGAAGACAAUAUCUGUUCGAAGAAUCUGAGGCUGCUGUCUGAGUCGAUCGAUAUAGUCAGAUCCUGGAUCAGUACGACCUUCAAAGACAAGUUGCGCGAUACAUCAGAGAUCAAGAUGUGGAAUAGCAUCAUUUCUCUCAGUUUUGUAAAUGUGGAUUUCACCAAGAAAUGGAGACAAACUUUCUGUACGGAUUUAGAGGGCAAACUUAAACAGAUCUCCUCUCUGGAUCAAAUAGCGAUAUACUGCUCGAAGAUGGAGGAACUGGAUAGCUGUCAUCCUAAUGUGACUUGUAGUAUUGAGAAAUGUGCUCUUGAAGCUGUCCCCUCAUUGUGCCAGAGCAAAUCAGAGGGGAAACUCUUUGAGAGGUUUCAGAUUAACAGAAAGUUUGGGAAACUCAUCUCAGCCAUAAUCCAGAAAACCUGGCCAAGAGAUAACCAUGGAAACAAGGACGAGGUGGUCUUUCAACACCUCAUGACUUGGACUGCAGCCAAGAAUAUAUUUGAACUACAUGGUGCUGAUGAAAAGCUGAUUGAGCAGGUCUCUAAAGAGGCCAAGGUCAAAAUUACUGAAGCAAUCUCAUCCUUCAAAGUCAUUUGUAACCAGCUGAUCAACGGAAGCAUCAAGAUCCAACUGCUCAACGACAUCUUAGGAAAGAAAGAUACUUUCACAGAGCUGAUGGUGAUAGAUUGUCUAUCUUUGAAUGAGAAGUGCAAGAACCGUGCCUCCGUGGAAAAGCUUCUCAAUCUGAGGUCUGAGGAGGCUAGAGCUGUCAACCAUGAGAAGGAGCUGGUGGAAAUCUUGCUCACCAUGAGCCGCAAACUAAAGGAACACAUCACAGUUUAUUUUGGGGACAUGGAAGAGAGACAACUGACCAACAUUGAGGACAUGACCUUGGACCAGUUCAUGAAGGUUCAUCCGUUUGACCAGCCCUCCUCUGGAAUGCAUGGCGUCGUUACGUACUUUGAUCUGGAUCAGAGCAUGCGACAGAUGGCAGAUGUUUGGCACAUGUUUGGAGACAGCCACAUAUUCAAGAUGCUGUGGGAGAAACAGACCAAAGACUUUGCGUCUGAAUUUGAUUCUUUAGUAACACCAAAGGAGGUAACCUGUGGGAUUUUUAGACCUUGCUACACUAAAUACAAGAAGUACUACGAAGGCCUGAAGAAUGGCAGUCUCAAGCUUAAAAAGGUUGAUAUCCUCUUCAAUGACUACAAGGGCAAAUAUGAAAAGCUGGCAAUGGAUUUCGACAUCAUGUGCAGACUUAACAAGUCAGAUAACAAACACUGGAUCAAGGAAAGGGUCCAGCAGAUUGAGCAGUACCAUGGCCUUCACUUGGCCGUGAAGUCUGCAAAAGUUAUUAUGAAGGUCAAGGAGACCCUAAAUCUUCAAGGCGACUUCAAGGCCCUACAGACACUGCUAGACAUUAUGAGUGCAGAUUUGAAUGAAGAGCACCUUGAUCAGAUUGACAAUGACCUAAUGCAGGCCAAGACAGAUCUGGUGGACAUCACAGAGCCUCGCAGACUAUGCCUCUUGGAACUUGGCCACGCAAAAGAUUUUGUCAUCUGGGUUAAAGAGGCCCUGAAAGAUAUCAAUGAGCUGAAAGUGUUUGUUGACCUGGCCUCCAUCUCUGCCGGGGAGAAUGAUCUUGAUGUGGACCGUGUGGCCUGUUUCCACGAUGCCGUUCAUGGAUACUCCCCAUUGCUCUUCGAACUGAAGCAAGAUUCCGGUUUUCAGACCGUUAAAGAGGUGAUGAAGAAGCUCUGGAGAACAUUGGAUAAUGAUUGCAACCUCCCAAAAAAGCUGCAUGACACAGCACGACACUUGGAGUGGUUGAAAACUGUGAAGGAUUUCCACGGGUCUGUGGAGCUGUCCUCCAUCUCCUUAGCAACCGCCAUCAACAAAAAGGGCGUCUACACCAUCAGUGCACAGAACCAAAAGAAGUUGAGUCUUGAGACUUCCCUGAAGUUACACAUCUCUGAGGAACAUGGUGAAGAACAGGAGAUACGUACCUACUCACUGGAGGACCUGAGGGAGCUGCAGAACAAACUCAUGCUCAUGUCUGGUAAAGGGGACCAGUCUGAGGUGAACCGCUUUUCAGAGGUUUUCGCCAGUGUCCAGAGAUUGGCUGUGGCAUUCAUUGCCCUGUUUACAGCUGGGAACCCCCUGUUCCGAAACUGGAAAGCCAACAUCAACUGUAAUUCACUCAGUGAGGAGGCUGACAUCAUCAUGGACUUCAACCUGGGCAGUGUUGUCAGUGUGAUUACGGUGGAGGGCAACAUCGUGAAUCAGCUUCCUGAGCUGUGCAGGAAGCUGGAGAAGUGUCUGAAGUACUGGAAUGACUUUAUGGACAAACAGAGAUCCCACCAUUACUACCUGAACUACUACAAUGCAGAGCAGAUAGUCUACCUGUGCAGUAAGCUGACUCAGCAAAAUGUGGCCGAUUUUGAAGACCAAGUUCUCAUGAUGCUGUCGUUCGUCAAACCCAACUGCACAGCCUCUGAUCUGAGGCAGUCCCUCCAUGCACUGCAAAGUGAGAUCCUCACCAUACAAUCAGAGCAAAAUGAGGAAAUUGAAUUUCAUACUUUUGUUGAAGUGUCAAGCAGCAGCAAGAGAAGUCCAGAUUUUAUGGUGAAGUUGAUUGCUCUAUCCGAUAACUUGCCAAGUCUCAUCGAACAAGAAAUUGGCUCAGGAAAAGUGAAUCUGAUUUGGAAUGCUUACAUGAGAGACAUGAAGAACUUUCUUCCAGACACUCUUGAUGUCAGAAGCUUUGGAAGAUUUUUAGAAAUAUUGGCCAACAAAAAGGAAUAUAAAUAUUUGCCCAAAAAAUGGAAUGAAAAACCAAUUCAAAGGGAUCUGCCCAAGGGCCUAGCUAUUGGUAGCCCAAAUCUUAUUGUUUGCCCUCACGACGAGAUCCUGGCAUCUUGCAUCUCCGUUUACAUGAGUAGUGAACGUCAGCCAUUGCCUACAUAUGAUGAGGUGCUACUGUGUAACUCUACCACACCUUUUGAGCAAGUGGAGCUGUUCCUCAGGCGCUGUCUCACCCCAGGCUACAGAGGACAGAAGAUUUACACCAUGCUCUACGGGGAUCAGCUGAGUUAUGAAGUGAGCUCCAAAACGGAGAGGUUUUUCAAGAGUAUCACAAUGCAGUGCCGGAAAGACUACAGGCUUGUGAUCAUCUGCAGUUCGGAUCGAGAGCACACCUACCUUCCCUCAGCCUUCAGCCAGUACAGGUUACACAUGGUACCCCAGGAACCUCUGAUCAUGAUUCAGCGUUACCUGAAAAGACACUAUACAGUUCCAGCAGAUCAGACCAGUGCUGCUGCUGUAUUCAAAGACCGACAGUUUGUUGGAGUUGUGUCGUCCGAAAGAGCAGGAGUUGGUAAAUCCCUUUAUAUCAAGAGGCUAUUUGAAAAACUGAAGGACAUCUUCAUGAAGGCUACAGUGCUGAAAUGCAUUCGCUUGAUCAAGCCGACGGUUGACGAAAAUGUAAUUCUUCAGUCUCUCCUCAACAACCCUGGGAAGAAAGAGCUGACCAUCUUCCAUUUUGAUGUCACAUCUACGGUACGUAAGGGUCUUGAUGAAUGUCUGUUUAAACUGCUGAUCCUGGGCUAUUUGAUGGAUUCUGAGGGAAGGAUGUGGAAAUGCAGCAACAAGCAGUUGUAUGUGAUUGAGAUUCUACAGUCUACCGUAAACCAGCACAGAAAUGAACCAACAAUGAAAGCACCUGUCAACUUUACCUUCCUGGAUGUGUUCCCAAACGUCUUCUGCCGCCCACCCAAUGAGAUUCUAGAGCUGGAAAUGAGGAUACAACAGGAUCCCUCCAUUACGAAGCCUGAAGACCCACUUAUGGAUGACCAAGAGUUCAAGAGUGACGCUUACCAACGACCAUACCAAUAUCUGACACGAUCCCAUAAUCACAUCAACUUGGACAGAUUUAUGUACAGUGGAGUUGAAGGGACCCAUGUCAAAUGUCUCCAGUUGCUCCUUCUGUACUGUGGAAUUAAGGACCCCUCAUGGGCGGAGUUGAGGAAUUUUACAUGGUUCCUAAACCUUCAGCUGCGAGACUGUGAGACGUCCGUCUUCUGUGACGCCUCUAUCACCGGGGACACUCUUCAGGGAUUCAAGAACUUUGUGGUGGAGUUCAUGAUUCUAAUGGCCAAAGAUUUCGCUACUCCAUCACUCAGCAUCUCUGACCAGAGCCCUGGGAAACAGCAGAUAACCGGAAUACAAGAAGAAGACUUGGCACCCUUCCGGAUCAGAAAGAGAUGGGAGUCAGAACCGCAUCCCUACAUCUUCUUCAAUGAUGACCACAUGUCAAUGACCUUCAUUGGCUUUCACCUUCAGCCCAAUAAAGAAAACUGGGUAGAUGCCGUUGAUCCAUCCACAGGGAGUGUGAUCAAAAGAAACAUCAUGACAAAAAAACUGUUUGAUGGCCUGACGCUACAGAGAGUCCCUUUCAACAUUGAUUUUGAUGAACUGUCGAGACAGGAUAAAAUUGAAUGCAUUUGCAAUGUUAUGGGAAUCCGGCAGCAUCUUGAUCCUGAUGAAACAUAUGAGCUUACAACUGACAAUAUAUUGAAGAUGCUGGCAAUUCUCAUGCGGUUCAGGUGCAGCAUCCCUGUUGUAAUCAUGGGGGAGACAGGAUGUGGGAAAACGAGGCUCAUCAACUUCCUCUGUGAACUACAGAAGAGAGCGGUGACCACUCAGAAUAUGAAGCUAGUCAAAGUGCAUGGAGGAACUAGCUCAGAUAUGAUCUACACCAAUGUCAGAGAGGCAGAAGCCAUUGCUUAUAACAACAAACAAAGCUAUGGCUUUGAUUCUGUUCUCUUCUUUGAUGAAGCCAACACAACAGACGCACUCAGCAGUAUUAAGGAGGUCAUAUGUGAUCAUACUGUAGAAGGAGAACCUUUGCAAUCCCAAUGUGGCUUGCAAAUCAUCGCUGCAUGCAACCCUUACAGAAAACACACAGAUGAGAUGAUUCACAGAUUGGAGACAGCUGGCCUAGGAUACAGAGUCCGAGCUGAAGAGACAGAUGAAAAGUUGGGGUCCAUCCCGCUCCGCCAGCUGGUGUACCGAGUCCAGGCCUUGCCCCCAAGCAUGAUCCCUCUGGUGUGGGACUUUGGACAGCUCAAUGAUCACACUGAAAAUAUGUACAUCAAGAAAAUUGUCAAGAGGGUGGUUCAGACCAACAUGAUCAAUGUGACAUAUGCAAGUUGGAUCACAAAUGUCCUGUCGGCUUCACAGAGGUACAUGCGGAAAAGGAAAGAUGAAUGUAGCUUUGUAAGUCUCAGAGAUGUGGAGCGUUGCAUGCAAGCUUUUGUCUGGUUUUACAAAAACCAUAAGAUGCUACUUGCUAAUUUGUGGGAGUUUGAGAGAAAUCAAAUUGCAGAGAGCCGUAAACAAAUCCGAAGAGAUCCAGUCUUGUGGUCUCUGGUGAUGGCAGUGGGCGUGUGUUACCACGCCUGCUUGGAAAACAAAGAAGAGUACAGACAAAAUAUCUGCAAGUAUCUCACAGGAGUAUACACCCCAUUGAAGGUGAUGCAGGAAAUCUCACUCAUGCAGGAUCUUUUCCUGAGCGGAGUGCCGCUGGGGGAAACAAUUGCACGAAACAAUGCUCUGAAAGAGAACGUCUUCAUGAUUGUAAUCUGCAUUGAGCUAAGAAUCCCUCUCUUCUUGGUAGGGAAACCCGGGAGUUCUAAAUCUCUGUCUAAAACCUUGGUGGCAGACGCCAUGCAGGGUCAAGCUGCACACUCUGACCUCUACAAAAGGCUGAAGCAGAUUCACCUGGUGUCCUUCCAGUGCAGCCCUCACUCUACACCAGCGGGCAUCAUCAACACGUUCAAACAAUGUGCUCGUUUCCAGGAGGGAAAGAACCUGAAGGAGUACAUAUCUGUGGUGGUGCUGGAUGAAAUUGGAUUGGCUGAGGACUCUCCCAAAAUGCCCCUGAAAACCCUCCAUCCUCUGCUAGAAGAGGGUUGCAUUGAUGAUGAGCCAUUACCACACAAGAAGGUUGGAUUCAUUGCCAUUUCCAACUGGGCUUUGGACCCCGCGAAGAUGAACAGAGGGAUCUUUGUUUCACGCGGUGACCCUGACGAGAAGGAGCUGAUUGAGAGUGCAAAAGGCAUAUGCUCGUCUGACACAAUGAUUUUGGAGAAAGUCAGAGAUUUCUUUCAACCCUUUGCCAGGGCUUUCCUGAACAUCAGUCCAGAAAAAGGCAAAGGUUUCUUUGGUUUGCGUGACUACUACAGCUUAAUCAAGAUGCUUUUCGCAAUUACCAAGGCCUCAGAGCAGAUCCCUAGUGCAGAGAAAAUUGUGGAGGCGGUACUGAGGAACUUCAGUGGAAGAGAUGAUGUGGACGCGGUCACAGUCUUCACCGAAACACUUAAGAUCAAUCCAAAUCUGGAGAGGAUCAGUGCCAUUGAGCUUGUGAGACAAAACAUCUCAGCUCAGGAGGAAGACUGCCGCUAUUUGCUGCUACUGACCAAAAACUAUGCAGCUUUACAGAUCCUGCAGCAGACCUUUUUCUCAGAGAGCUGCCAGCCUGAGAUUAUCUUUGGGUCCAGCUUCCCCAAGGACCAAGAGUACACUCAGAUCUGCCGCAACAUCAACCGAAUCAAGAUCUGCAUGGAAACCGGUCGAACCGUCGUGCUCUUGAACUUGCAGAACCUCUACGAAAGUCUCUACGAUGCUCUCAACCAAUACUACGUCUGCUUAGGAGGACAAAAGUACGUUGACCUGGGACUGGGGACCCAUCGUGUCAAAUGCAGAGUGCACAAAGACUUCAGGCUCAUUGUCAUUGAGGAUAAAGAGGUGGUCUACAACCAGUUUCCAAUCCCUCUUAUCAACAGGCUUGAGAAACAUUACCUGGAUAUCCAUACUGUUCUUAGUAAAGAACAAAGGGAAAUUGUUGAGGACUUGGAGAGAUGGGUUGGGCAGUUUGUAGAUCUUCAACAAAGCUCACCUACACCACAGACCUACAAGUACCAACCACCUGAUGUUUUCAUUGGCUUCCAUGCGGACACGUGUGCCUCGGUGGUUCGUCAAGUGACAGAGAAACAGAGGGGAGACAUGGACAUCCCAGACCAACAAAGAAGAGUACUAGAUGAGGCCAAACUCAUCCUGGUGAACUGUGCCACUCCAGACUCUGUGGCUCGGCUGGACUGCACAGGGCUCUCUAAAGUGGAGAUCGACCAUCUGACCAGGUUCUACUAUGAAGAGAGGAAGCACAGCUCUUUGGCUGACUUUGUCUGCCACACACAACAGGUUGAGCAGAGCCCUUCCUGCUUCAUAGAGGUGACGACAUUUUCCAGACUGUUGACAGAAUCGGAUAUUGGACCGCUGAAGGAGGUGGUGCACAAUGUAGAGCUCCUGUCACUACAGCAGUUUGACACAGAGCUCUCUUUCCGCAAGAAGAUCAGGGAAUUUCUGACACCUGGAGAUGCAUCUAGCAAUAAACUACUCAUUAUUCAGUCAGAUUUGGAUGAAGCAUCCCACAAUGCAAGUGUCAUUGCAUCUGCAAAGUACUCUGCCAUAAAUGAAAUCAACAAAUCAAAACAAGAGGAGAUUGAAGGCAAGGUGUUUGUCUACUUCAUUACCAAACUGUUAAGAUUGGACAGUGGCACUUCCUUUGUUGGAUUUUGUGGAGGACCCUGGAGGUCCGUACACAUUGAUGACCUCAGAAGAUCCAAAGAUAUUGUGUCGGAUAUCAGAGUUUUGCGGAACCUUGCCAUCUGUCAACUGUUUGAGGAAAGGCAGGAUCAGCCUCAAGGUUUGGAUGACAUGUAUACUGGGACAGAUAAACAUGACAUGGAAUUUGAAGGCCAAGCAGGCUGGAAGGAUGUCCUGGACACUACACUGUUGCUGCGUAGCUGUGUGCAGAGCGCAGUGGGCAUGCUCAGAGAUCAGAUGGAGGGUGGGUUCCGCAACACCAGGAGAGUGGAGAUCUUGCUGACUCUCCUGACCGACGACGAAGAAAAACGAGGAACAGCUGGAUUUCUGAGAAUUCUAAAGAGACGUCUCCACUCCUUACUGGAAACCCGGGAAAAAAACACCAACUUAACAAAAAACUGGGUCAUUAGUGAGGCUUCCAACAUUGAUGCCUUGCAUGAGGGAGGAACAUUUAGACAAACCCUAUGGAAACGAGUUCAGGCAGUGGUCAUUCCACUUUUGGCACAACUGGUCUCUGUCAUUGACCGUGAUGGUAAUCUAGACCUCCUGCUGGACACCAACUCUGAAGAGCCAAUAAAAAGAUUGUGGUUAGACAUCUUUGCGGACGAUAAACUACUUGAUGUUCCAUUUCCCUAUUCUAGUGUGGACAACAAUUCUACGUCUAAGACCUUCCUGGUCCAGAAUAACAUCCCAAUAGACAAGAAUAUCAGCUGCAUCAUGCCCUUCAGCUGGAGGAUCAGGGACUACCUGGAUGAACUCUGGAUUUAUGCUCUGCAACAUGAAGGCCAAACUCAGAGGCAGUUGGAAAAGUUUUUUGGGAAGACUCCUCUGGGCCGCUACAUUGCAAUAGCGGACAAUGAGAUGCAGACAGAGCUUUUCCACAGAUACCUGCAGGAUUUCAUUACCAUGACCAUGAAUGUGACUUGUGAAGAGGACCUACAGCUCCUUUGUGGCGCCUUGACCUGUUGUGUGAACGAGCUGCGACUAAGUCAUGAUGCUGUGUGUACGGAGGUGGCCUCUCUGCCCUGGGUCCAUGCUGCCUACAACCAGUUUAAGAACCGCCUACAGAACUUGUCCAGAAUGAUCAGCAUCCCCCGAGUGGGUCAGGGCCUCCUGGUGAACACACACAUCAGAGAGGGGAUGGAGCUGGUCCUGGAUGUGUAUGCGGCCUUGGCCUGUGUGGAACACCUGGAGCCCCAGGCUCUGGACACAGAUGCCCAGCGGCUACACUGGCUCAGGCAGGUCAAGAGACUCCAGGUGCCCAUAGAGCUGGUCUGCUCUGAGGAGAGUCGUAGACACUAUGGGGAGAGAAGCAAGGCCAUGGUCUGCAGAGUCCAGAGCAGAUGGAAUCGUAUUUUUGUCCUGUCUCUGUUUGUGGAGCACUUGUUGCUGGGUGUCGAGAAAGUGGACAAGAGGCUAAAGCCUUUCAUUUUGGCAUCCGUACGACGGUUGUGCCACGUACUGGAGAGGGAUGCAGAUGUUAAAAUGAAGCAGGUGUUUGAGGAAGUGCUCAAUAUACUUAAAGCCUGCAGAGAAGAAGCAGUUGAAAACAGAUGGAAUGUCAAGCAGUUCAAGAAGAAGUGCAGUGCUUUCUUCAUUGACCUGGUCUCUACAGUGUGCUUCAAGGACAACUCUCCGCCCUGUACGGCCAUCAUCCACCACCUGUUGUCCUUCCUCACAGUGGAGGCUCAGUCUAGUCCUAUCAUCAGAGGACAUGGACAGAUUCAGAGGCGCUCUCGCUUUGAUCAGUCUGUGGACAACAUCCAGUGGUUCAUUGGAUCGGUUUGGUUGUUAUUCAUCAAACUGCUUCACGUGCUCUUCCACCUGCUCAACUUACUCAUGGUGGAGGCUCAGUCUGCCCUCAAUAUCAGAGGACCUUUUCGCAGACCAACCAAAGCAAUCUCUCCCUUUGGUGUUGAUGUGGACAAAAGUCCAGUGGUUUGGUCAGUAGUGCUGAAACUCCUGCUCAAGUACAGCUUUGAUGAUGUCAAAGGCCACCUGCAGAAGCAUCUGACACAAGUUGAGAAGAGUGAUAUCUUGGAGGAAUCAAGAAAAACUGAACUUUAUUCCUUAUACAUAAACUGCAUGGAGGACUCCAUGUAUGAGAAGAUGCAGUGUUGCACAACGGUGUCGCAGCAGGAGUGUCUACAGAAUGACAGCGCCUUCCUGAGUGACUUCCUGCGCUCAGGCGCUGCGUCUAGACAGAUGGCCACUAUAGAGUGCUUCCAGCAGGUGGCCAGGUUACGCAUGUGUCUGGAUAUGGCUGGGAAUCUAUUGGUAGACAAACAACGGUUGGGUGCCACAGAGAGAGAAUUCCUGACCAGCGUGGGAGAACUGUGUAAGCGCAGUGGGAAUGACUGGUAUCGGGUCUACCUGAUCCGUAAGAUCUGCAACCAGCACGGAGUGGAAUAUGUCCAACACUUCCUGACAGUGGCAGAUAUGCAGUGGCUGUUCCCACACGAGGUUCUGCAGAAGAAUCAAGUUGGCAGCCAGAUUGACCAGUAUCUUGUGUGUGGAGAGGACUACAAGACUAUCCGAGAUGUGGUUGCCAAAGCAAUACUGGAGGGCACAAUUAAGGAAAUAGAUCGUGCUUGUAAGGGUUCUACGUGUCCAAAAAACAAGAGGACAAUGUACCUGCUUUUGGCUCUGUUCAGAGAAGUCACCUGUCUCUAUAGAGAAGCCAAUCCCAACCUCCACCCUAAAUCUGAGUUUUGUCAAGCACUGGUGGAUUUCAUCCAGGCCUCAACGGUUCUUGCAAGCCAAAAUGUGAAGGAAUUCGCCCUGGACCUGGUAGCCAACCGGCUGGGUCCCCUGACUGUCCAGACUGGGACCUCUGGUACCCAGUGGGUGGUGGUGGAGCUGGCCAUCCACUUGUCUGCAGUGCUGCUCUGUGGGAACCAGGGCCUACUGAUACCCCUCCAGCAGCUGGCUCUUCUCCCUACUAACAUGCAGAGAGCCUUCAUACCCACCAUGCCGGAGGAUAAGCUUGCAGUUGUACGCCAAGCCAUUAGAGGGACGACGUGGUACAAUUGUCCGAAUGGUCACCCUUGCGCCAUUGGUGAGUGUGGCAAGCCCAUGGAGACGAGCCGUUGUGUGGACUGUGGCGCUGAGAUCGGAGGGCGCAGCCACAAUCCUGUCGCGGGCUUCACUACUGCUCAGAUCCGGGGUGACAGUACUGAGACUGGCCACGUCCUGGGAGACCCUGGGCGGAGGGACCACCCAGACAUGCAGGACACAAAGAACAUGUCCUCUGUUCCUUUCAACCUGGUCCGGCUUCUCACCCACAUAGCCAUGCUACUAGGAGCCAGAAGUAACCGACAGGCCAUUGCUGCUAUCAUCAAGCCCAAAGUCCCUGACCCCAGUUUGUUCCUCAUGGGUCACCUGCUGAAAGACAUGGAACACGUGACUAGGUUUAUGGGGAAGGGGAGAGACGACACAGUCAAUGCCAUCCACCUGAUGAUCAGUAGCCUACUGAAGCCUCACCGUCGUGGGAGUGAUGAUAAUCAUCUCUCUACCAAAGAGGCCAGAAAUGACUGGGAGAUGACAGUCGGUAAUGAAAUAAUCUCCCCUCAGCUGAAGGACCUGGACCGGCGGCUGCAAGAGGUCAAUGCCUUUAUCAGGGAUGACUCAAGGUUGUCCUCCAACCCUAUCAUGAGGGUGUUGUCUCCGGAGCCACGGCUGUUCCUGACCUCGCUGCCCCACAACUCCCAGAUCCACAGCCCAGCGGUGUGGAACUGCAGAGAGAGGGUGUCCCUGCUCAGCCUCACCCGCGUUGUGGAGCAGAAUGACGGAGAAAACACCCUGCCAGUGCUCUGGAGGUUCUUGCACAAGGAGGCAGAGCUGCGGUUGCUGAAGUUCAUCACUGACAUCCUGGAACUGCAGAGAAAUCUGGUGAAAACGUGUCGGAAUGUGACUGAUCUGUCGCACGGCACCAUUUCCGAAUUCCUCCAGAGACAGGAAUCAGUUCCACUGAGAGCCUGGCAUGAGAAACGGAUCAACAUCUUCCUGACAACAUGGAAUCAGCUUAGGGGCUCGCUGGCAACCAAUGGAGAGAUUAAGAUCCCUGUUGACUUCUGCCGGAAGGAUCUGGACAUGAACUCUGACUUCCGGGUCCUGUUGCCACGGCGUCAAGGCCCUGGUCUCUGCUCCACAGCCCUGGUCAGCUACCUCAUCGCCCUGCAGAACGAGCUGGUCUACUGUGUGGACAAGCACCUUGGAGAGGAGACUAGCUUUAAAGUGAGCCCGGCAGACCUAACGGACCUGCAUGUGAUUCAGUAUGAUCUGGAGAGGGACCUGCUGCCGCUGAUCCUGUCCAACUGUCAGUACAGCAUGAAGCAAGGCAAGGAGACCCUGCACGAGUACGACCUGCCCAAGAUCCAGCAGCAGAUUCUCUCCCGCUUCUUGCAGGGCAGGCCCAUCAUCACCCUCAAUGGAAUCCCAACACUGGUGAACAGACAUGAUCGAAUUCAUGAAAUUAUUCUGAAGGACAUGAGAGGAAAGAUUGGACAAGUGCCUCUGCCCUCGCGGGCCGUGUCGACACUAGUUGGGGAGCUGAAGUCGUACAAUGAGGUGUGUGAGGCCCUCUCCACCGUGGAGGUGGCCCUGGGGUUCCUGGCUGUGACCGGGGGAGAACCCCACAUGCAGCUGGGCAGCUACCUGGAGGAGGUGCUGCAGAUGGGAGAUCAAACAGCCCCACACAUCCUAACGGCCCUGGGCAGAUACUAUCUGAAGCACUGUUUGGCUCUGUGGCAGCUCCUGACAUCACUCAAAUCAGAAAACAUGCUGUGGCUCAAGAGGGACCCAUUUGAAGGGAUCUCAGAAGAGUACAGGAAGGCCCUGGGAGAGGAGGAGCACAGGCUGCUCACUGGGUUCUUUAAUAAAAGCAGCGCUGAUUCCAUCCUGCUGGAGAUGCACGAGUUCCUGAUACUGGUCCUGAAGCCCCCCAAUGCAUCUGACACCUACAGGCCUGACUGGGGUCUGAAAGACACACUUGUGGCAUACAUGGAGCGUAAGAACCUGGACAUCCCGCCUGAUGUUGAGGAGUUCUUCCCUGAAGAGAUCCAACUGUCUCAGUACAUCGAAGCCUGGAAGUUCGCGGUGGCAUUGAAACGGGAAAGAAGUCAGAGGUAGCUCCGACCUCACACCCUCACGCUCACUGAUUUAAUAUGCAAUGAAAGAAGAGAAAAAAAACGCAAAUGUGAACACAACUGGAGCCUCCUCGUCAUUAGUGAAGGAAGGUAGAAAGCUGGCUCCAGAACACAUAUACCACUGCAGCAUGGGUUCCAAUCCGGCCCAAUGAUAUUUCAGCAAAAAUUCUCUAUAUACAGUAUCUUUCCCACUGUCUCUCCUCUAUCCAAUAAAGCGUUUUUUUUUUUUAAAUGCUAAACAAAUAUAUACCUUUUUAUUUAAAAAAGCAGCAGUUACUAGCAAAGGAUAAGAGCAAUAGCAAAGUGAAGUUGAAUAAGUGAAUUUUGUUCGCCAUAAGUUGGUUAGCUAGGCAGAGUUAUGUGUAUUUAUCUACCACUCCUACUCACUUUUCUUCAUGCCUCCAAAAUGUCGAGACUAGUUAUGUCAAGGUUCUGACAAUGGAAGAACAGAUUAUGGCAUUCCAGGCCCUUACAUUUAAAAAAAAAAAAAUUUUUUUUUUUAAAUUAUUACUUUUAUUAGAUUUACUUUAACUUAAAUUACAUGUAGGUUGGUUAGGCUUACUGUCAUCAUAGUUUCUGACACAUCACUAGCUUUUAAAUGUGUAAUAAGUACAUUGAACACAAGAAUCGGAAAAUUGUCAGUGAAGAGUUGUGAAAUGAUGUAGCUAGGAAAACGCAUAGAGUUAGAUAGAGGACUCAUCUUUGUAUUUGUGCCAUCUACAAUUUUUAAGUAGUCAAUUUUCUUCUUUUUUUUGUGUUAAAAAAAAAAUAUAAUAUAUAUAUAUAUAUAUAUAUAUAUUGUUGAUUUACUGGCACCAGCAGUGCUGAAGUCUUAAACUAAAUAAUGUGUGUCAUUCCAGUUGACUAUUUUAAAAUUGUGGAAGCCUUAAAUAUAAAUGCUAAAAAGGGUUAUAUCCAUUUAGAGUCCUCUAACUUACUAUGGUAAAAUGUUAGCGACAAAACAUAUACCAGUUACACCUCCGACAUCGCAAUGAUACGCUAUGCAGUUUAAUGUAGAUCUGAUUAAAUCUAGAUGAUAUGCUAUGCAGUUUAAUGUAGAUCUGAUUAAAUCUUGAUGAAAUGCUAUGCAGUUUAAUGUAGAUCUGAUUUAAAUCUAGGCCCUAGUCUAGACUUGAAGUAUAGUAAAUUGUCAAUUUGAUCAUUUGGAAGUUAUUUCAUAUUGCAGUUGGGCAUUGAUCAUGAAUCUCAAGGAUGAAAUUGGUUUGUGAAAAAUGUAAUUGUACUUAUUUAAACAAUGAUUGAAACAAAAAAUCA